AUGGUCGUCUUCCACUACCUUUUGCAACUGCCUACAGAGUUACGCCGUCUCAUCUGGAAGCACUGCCUCCCCCACCGUAUAGCAGAAGAAGAUACCCCCGACUUCCUUCUCGACGGCAACGAAUGCCGUCAAGCCUGCUGGGCCGACCGCAUAAAAAACGCUCAGCCGCCGCCGCGUCGGGAUGUGCUGCAUCUCAACUGGACGCGACGGCGCUACGUUGUCUGGGAAAACGCGGACGACCCUUCGAGUCUGAUUGGCAUGUUCCUAUGGCGGGCGGAGGAUCUGGGAAUGCAGCCUUCUGUCGUGGCGGAGAUUAUUCACCCUUUUAGGCUGAAGGCGCUGCUGGAUGGUGUGGAUGCAUCUGACAGCCCGAAUAAGGAUGUGGCCAAUACUGCGUAUUGUGCAAAAAGUCAAAGCGCGCUAGCCGUAGCCAUGGCUGCUGUUUCUCUGCAUAUCAGGAGGAAAGCGGCUCUGAGAUCUGGCCUGUUCGGGUUGCUGGGCGAUGCGCCUGUUCAGAUGGUUGAAGGACACGCAUUAGAAAAGGAAUCAGCCGUGCACAUGCUCUUUAAAGCAUUUAUCAUCGGCACGAGAGAAAACCUCAACAUUCUUGGGACGAACCCGGGUUCCGCUUGGCUCCCUCAGCUGUUGGAGCAAGAAGAUUUCAUCAGGACUAAGCGUCCGUGGGUUAUCCAAGCUAGGCAGGGCAUGCCCAAGCUGCGGCCACGAGUUAAGCUGCGAUAUUGUACCAAUGAGUGUUAUAGAAAGGAGCGACUUCCCAAGAACUUUGGGACUUCAUAAUAGUAAGUAUAUACUGACGGACAUUUUUACUCGCUUCAGCCAAGAUGGUCAUGCAUAUCCUGCGUCUUGGUAAUCGCCUCGAUAUGGCUCAAUGAUUGUCUGGCCUUAAGCCCUAGGCUUGGGUAGGGUCUCUGUUUAGCCUAGGCGUUCCUCCCUUAUGCUGCUCAGAUAGCUCUUCUGAGCGAGAACCAGCAGACUUAUUGAGGGAAGGUCUUGCGUUGAAAGCGUAUGGCGUUGUGACAUUCGACCAAGGAGUGAAUAUAUAUUUAUACUUGCCAG